AUGACUAAGAAGAAUAACCAAAACGAGGAAGAGUUCAUCAGCUUCGGACAUAACCAGAACACGAAGAUACGCUUUGAGGAUGCUGAUGAAGACGAUGUUGCUGAAGGCUCCGGUGUUGCCGGCGAACCAGCUGCCCAAGAUGAAUCCAUGUGCGACGCCGGCGAGACCGCCGAAGUCACUGACGACACCACCAGCGCCGAUUACUACUUCGAUUCCUACUCUCACUUCGGAAUUCAUGAAGAAAUGUUAAAGGAUGUAGUGAGAACAAAGACUUAUCAGAAUGUAAUCUACCAGAACAAGUUUCUCAUCAAGGACAAGAUUGUUCUUGAUGUUGGUGCUGGGACAGGAAUCUUGUCUCUGUUCUGUGCCAAGGCCGGAGCAGCUCAUGUCUACGCUGUUGAAUGCUCAAAUAUGGCUGACAUGGCAAAGGAGAUCGUUAAAGCUAAUGGAUUUUCUGAUGUCAUAACGGUUUUGAAAGGGAAGAUUGAGGAGAUAGAGCUUCCCACUCCUAAAGUGGAUGUGAUUAUAUCUGAAUGGAUGGGUUACUUUCUCUUGUUUGAAAACAUGUUGGACAGUGUCUUGUACGCUCGUGAUAAAUGGCUUGUUGAUGGCGGAGUUGUGCUACCAGACAGAGCCUCUCUGCAUCUUACUGCUAUAGAGGACUCAGAGUAUAAAGAAGACAAGAUAGAAUUUUGGAACAGUGUGUAUGGUUUUGACAUGUCAUGCAUCAAGAAAAAGGCUAUGAUGGAGCCGCUUGUUGACACAGUCGACCAAAACCAAAUUGUCACUGAUAGUAGGCUACUCAAGACAAUGGAUAUCUCAAAGAUGACCUCUGGUGAUGCUUCCUUCACAGCUCCCUUUAAACUUGUUGCACAACGCAAUGAUUACAUCCACGCUCUCGUAGCCUACUUUGAUGUAUCGUUCACCAUGUGCCACAAGCUGCUGGGUUUCUCAACAGGACCAAAGUCCCGGGCUACACACUGGAAACAGACAGUCAUGUACCUAGAAGAUGUGUUGACCAUAUGUGAGGGAGAGACGAUCACUGGAAGCAUGUCCGUUUCUUAUAACAAGAAGAAUCCUCGAGACAUUGACAUAAAGCUAAAUUAUUCUUUGGAUGGCCGGCAUUCCAAGGUCACUAGGACUCAACACUACAAAAUGCGCUGA